AUGGCCCAGGUCCAAAUAGACAACCAGAUCCUCACCGAGGCAGCAAACAAAACUGUCCUCAUCACUGGUGCCGCCCGCGGCAUCGGCGCAGCAACAGCGAAACUGUUCAACCAACACGGAGCAAACGUCGUAAUAGCCGAUCUCGCUCGAUUCCGCAAUGUGGCGGAAGAGUUGAUCACGGAAUUGGCCCAUCCAGAGCGUGCAAUUUUCGUGCCGGGCGAUAUAGUUCAUUGGGCGCAACUGGCUGCAUGCUUCAAAACGACUCUUACUCGGUUCGGCAGUAUCGAUAUCGUCGUUGCGAAUACGGGGAUCAUGGAAUCAACACCCACGCUUGACCUGACCCCAGAUGAAGAGGGCAACCUUCAGGAGAACCGUGAAGCAGAGAGAGUGAUCGAUGUCAAUUUGAAGGGGACUUUGAACACACUCCGCUUAGCCCUCUUCUACUUGGGAUCUUCCAGCGACCAGCCGAGCAAGUCGAUUCUCCUGGUUGCUUCGACUUCGAGUUACUUUGGCGGCACGGGCGUGACCGCGUACGUUACAUCCAAGCACGGUGUCCUGGGUCUUUUGCGGGCAUCUCAGUCCAAAGCGAAGGAGCAGGGUGUUCGGGUUAAUGCUGUUGCUCCGUUUCUCACGCCAACGCAUAUCACUGCGGGGUUUGCACAGCAGUGGCGCGAGAAGGGGUUGGAGGAGAAUACGCCUGAACGUGUUGCUGAGGCGAUUGCUUCGGUCGCUCUGGAUCGGGAGAGGGAGGGGGAUUGUGUUAUGGUCGCUGGAAAGUAUCUACGGGAGAUGGAGUCGUCCAGAGCUGAAUUACUUUCCACGUGGAUUGGAGCCGACGUGGCGGAUUUCAUGGGUCGCGCAAUGCAAUUCUUUGUUAGUAUUGGAGGCUACGUCUUGCCCAAGAAGUAUUAA